AUGGCUAGGAUCAUUGUAGUGGACGAACUAGGGUUAGAUAAGCUAGCAGAUGGUAGUGGUAAAAGGUUAACUGAAGGACCACCGCUAAGUAUGGAGAAUAUGAAUAAUACAUUCAAUUGGCAAGAUAUGUAUUAUCCACGGAGGAUCAUCGAUGUACCCAAUAGUUAUGAAAUAUUCGUAUACUGUCUGUUUUUUGUUAUGAUCGUUUUUGGAAACAUUUGGGUCAUCAUUGCUGUCCUUAGACAACCCAAACUGCGACAGUCGUCGACCAACAUGUUUAUACUGUCAUUAUCAGUCGCUGAUAUUUUGGUCGCGAUGUUCCAAAUUCCAUACAACCUAUUUUAUUACCUAAUACCUGGUGUAUUUGCUUCUCUGACCAACAAUAUAUUUGUAUGCCGAACAUUUGCUUGGUUCCAGUGGACAUCGCGCUGUGCCACCGUAUUCUCUCUCAUCGGCAUCGCUAUUGAUCGCUACAGAGCCAUCGUGACACCUUUACAACCGCGACUGACGCGUUCUCACGCUGGGGGCAUCGUAGCGAUGAUCUGGACGGCAUCGCUGGCGUAUUCUCUGAGAAAACCUAUACUACUUGACAUGUACUUAUUCACCUGGUACAACGUGACGGAAAAGUACUGCAUGGUUCCAUUUGAGUACCACAGCAUCACUCAUCUGUUGCAUAUUGCAGAUUUCCUCGUCAUGUACCUCGUCCCAUUGGUCAUCAUGGUGGUACUUUAUUGUAUAAUGGUUGUGUCUUUGAGAAAGAAAGGGCCAACGAACACUUCUAACCGAAACAAACGAAAGGCAAUUAAAAUGCUGAUGCUCGUUGUUUUAGCAUUUGCGCUGACGUGGUUGCCCUACUACGUGUAUAUCCUAUAUUACAAUUUUACAGACAAAAUCCCAGUAUCUCUACUGGAGAGUGUAGAAGUCCAACUACAUAUAGCAACAUUCACUUACAUUAGCAACAGCUGGACCAAUCCCUGCCUGUAUGCGUAUUUUAACGAGAACUUUCGCAAAGAGUUUUACCGCAUGCUCCCCUGUCUUGAAAACUGCUGCAGCAAGAGCAACAAAAUUGUUCCAGCAACGUCCACCAAAGAUUCUAACGCUUCAAGUAUGUUGCAGACAAGGUCUACAACACAGGCUGCUAAUUCAAAUGUGAAAUGA